CAUGCGUGUACGCAGGCGGCCAUGGUGCGCUUCAAGCACAGGUACCUGCUAUGUGAACUGGUGUCCGACGACCCCCGUUGCCGCCUGAGCCUGGAGGACCGAGUGCUGGACGGCCUCGUACGGGACACCAUCACCCGCGUGCACGGGACGUUCGGCGCGGCCGCCUGCUCCAUCGGCUUUACGGUGAGAUACCUCAACGCCUACACGGGAGUGGUGCUGCUCCGGUGCCGGAAAGACUUCUACCAGCUGGUCUGGUCGGCUCUUCCCUUCAUCACCUACUUGGAGAACAAAGGGCACCGUUACCCCUGUUUUUUCAACACUUUGCACGUGGGAGGAACAAUUAGAACAUGCCAGAAGUUCCUGAUUCAGUACAACAGGAGACAGCUGCUGGUCUUGCUGCAGAACUGCACGGACAAAGGAGAGCGGGAAGCCAUCCAGAAAUCCUUCGCACGAAGCUGUUUGUUGGAGGAGCCAGACGAAGACGAGCUUUCUGACAGUGGCAGUGAGGAGCCUGCUGCGGCCCCCCGGUGAGCCUGUGCUUCCCAGCGCCGGGUCUGCCUCAGCAGCACCUCAGCUUUCCAGAGGCAGCAUCUUCGCCGGGCUGUACCCAGCCCGUCUUGGAAAAGCAGCCCUGCUGUUUUAGGCAGUGUCC